AUGGCCCUCUUCACCGCACUCUCCCUCUCGCUCGCCGUCACCAUCUUGCCCGUCCUCGCGAUCCUUCUCGCCCCGCGCAACCGCCCCUCCUCGCAAGACAUGUACUUGCACGAGUCACUCCAGCACAAGCCGCUGGCGGAGGCGACGAUGAUUAGCGCCAGGAGGCACAGCAUCGCCUACCGCGCCGCGAACAACAUGACGCCUUAUCCCGCCCUCAUGAUUCUCGUCUUCCUAAUUCCCCUCGCACCUGGACCCGUCAUCGCGCUCUGUAUCGUGGUCGCGAUCAUCAAGGCCCUACGCUCAUAG